AUGGAGCCGGAGCUGCCGGACGGGGCCGAGAGCACCGAGGCGGGGCCGGCGGGCGGGGACGCGGGCUGGGCGGCGGACAGCGGGGCGGCCGCAGGUCUCGGCCAGAAGAAGACAGCUGUGUUAGAGGUUCUGUCCACGACUGGGCAACCAGGCCCGGGCCAUGGGAAAAAGUUGGGCCAUCGCAGUGUGGACGCAUCUGGGGAGACGACCUACAAGAAGACCACCUCGUCCACCCUGAAGGGUGCCAUCCAGCUGGGCAUCGGCUACACCGUGGGCAACCUGAGCUCCAAGCCGGAGCGUGAUGUGCUCAUGCAGGACUUCUACGUGGUGGAGAGCAUCUUCUUCCCCAGCGAAGGCAGCAACCUGACCCCUGCCCACCACUUCCAGGACUUCCGUUUCAAGACCUACGCACCCGUCGCCUUCCGCUACUUCCGGGAGCUCUUUGGGAUCCGGCCAGAUGAUUACCUGUACUCGCUCUGCAACGAGCCGCUCAUCGAGCUGUCCAACCCCGGGGCCAGCGGCUCCCUGUUCUACGUCACCAGCGAUGACGAGUUCAUCAUUAAAACCGUCAUGCACAAGGAGGCCGAGUUCCUGCAGAAGCUGCUGCCCGGCUACUACAUGAACCUGAACCAGAACCCGCGCACGCUGCUGCCCAAGUUCUACGGGCUGUACUGCGUGCAGUCGGGCGGCAAGAACAUCCGCGUGGUGGUCAUGAACAACGUGCUGCCCCGCGUGGUCAAGAUGCACCUCAAGUUCGACCUCAAGGGCUCCACGUACAAGCGGCGCGCCAGCCGCAAGGAGAAGGAGAAGGGCGCGCCCACCUACAAGGACCUGGACUUCAUGCAGGACAUGCCGGAGGGGCUGCUGCUGGACGCCGACACCUUCAGCGCCCUGCUCAAGACUCUGCAGCGGGACUGCCUGGUGCUGGAGAGCUUCAAGAUCAUGGACUACAGCCUGCUGCUGGGCGUGCACAACAUCGACCAGCAGGAACGCGAGCGCCAGGCCGAGGGCGCGCAGAGCCCCCUGGACGAGAAGCGGCCCGUGGGCCAGAAGGCGCUCUACUCCACGGCCAUGGAGUCCAUCCAGGGCGGGGCAGCGCGCGGGGAGGCCAUUGGGACGGAUGACACGAUGGGCGGCAUCCCCGCCGUGAACGGCCGCGGAGAGCGGCUGCUGCUGCACAUCGGGAUCAUCGACAUCCUGCAGUCUUACAGGUUCAUCAAAAAGCUCGAGCACACCUGGAAGGCUCUCGUGCACGAUGGGGACACGGUCUCCGUCCACCGGCCCAGCUUCUACGCCGAGCGCUUCUUCAAGUUCAUGAGCAACACCGUGUUCCGGAAGAACUCCUCUCUGAAGUCCUCGCCCUCCAAGAAGGGGCGCGGUGCCUUGCUGGCGGUCAAGCCGCUGGGGCCCACAGCCGCCUUCUCAGCCAGCCAGAUCCCCAGUGAGCGGGAUGAGGCACAGUAUGACCUGCGGGGGGCACGCAGCUACCCCACGCUGGAGGAUGAAGGCCGGCCAGACCUCCUGCCCUGCACUCCGCCGUCUUUUGAGGAAGCCACCACUGCUUCCAUCGCCACGACCCUGUCGUCCACCUCCCUGUCCCUCCCAGAGCGGUCGCCGUCCGAGACGUCGGAGCAGCCGCGGUACAGGCGGCGCACGCAGUCGUCGGGACAGGAUGGCCGGCCUCCCGAGGAACCACCGGCCGAGGAGGACGUGCAGCAGCUCAGCGUGCAGGUGGAGCCGGCCUGCAGCGUGGAGAUUGUGGAGCCCACGGAGGCGGCUGCAGGGGUGGAGGCUACCUCGGCUACUGUGGAGGCAGAGACGGCCAGCCAGGCCUCGGAGCCCGCCAGCCAGGCCUCGGACGAGGAGGACACGCCGGCCCCAGACAUCUACUUUUUCACGGACGGGAGAUACUGGAUUUAUUCUCCCCACCAUCGCCGACUGCGGGCCGUGACCCCGAGCUCCUCGGGCGCUCCCACCGAUGAAAGGAGCUGGGUGUACUCCCCGCUUCACUAUAGCGCACAGGCCCAGCCGGCCUCGGACGGCGAGAGCGACACAUAACUUCUAUGCAGUUCCUGGACCCGGAGCCCAGCGCCUGCCCGCCACCGCCCUCCAAGGCCCAGGCCGCCCCCUGGACAGAGGCAGCCGGCUGUGCCCUUCCCUGCCACACAGCUCCGGGCUGCAGCGCCCAUGGGCCCCGUGCCGCUGACUCCCCGUGCGCCACCCCCCUACCCCGUAUUUAUUGUUUGGGUCCCUCCUGCCGCACAGUGGAGCACAGCGACAGAGGAUGAGGGGGCUGCACCCUCAGGCUCCUUGCCUCAGUUCCUGGGAGCUGGCGCCCCGGUCCCCACCUUGCCCACUGGGCAGCUCUGAACCCAGAGGAUCCAGGGCCACCCCUACUCCCCUACAGGUCAUCCCUCCCUCCGCUCAGGUCUGGGGACCCGUGGCGCCAGGCCCGUCCUCACAGUGUGUCCUGCCAGCGUCCCUGUCCCAGCUGGAUCCCAGCAGCCCCCUGACUGCCAGGAGGCCGGAGUGUGCGACCCAGGGCGGACGGAGUGAGUGGACAGGGGGCAGCGAUGGUACCCCAGGCCCUGGAAGUGUCCUCUGGACGCUGGAGCAGAAGCACCCCUGUAGGGGCAGCCACUCCGGGGACGCAGCCAGGCCCAAGGGGCCCAGUGGCCCUUGGGCCACUGCUGUGUUUGUGGGGAGCUGUGCUGGGCGGCUCUGGAGGAAGCAGGGACCAGCCCGAGGAAUUCCCCAUCCAGGAAUUUGCUUGGUUAGUUCCU